ACGUCAUUGAGUGCAUUCACGUGCCUAUCACUACCACAGCACUACAAAACACCUCUGUCCUCAUGAUUAUCUGUUAUAAUCACCCUGCAGUCUUUAAGGCUAUCAUGCAGAACUCAGAAAUUAUGAUCUUUUCAUUAAGCUUUCAUCUUUCCUAUCACAAUGAUUACAAAAACUCCUGAUUAUCUGAUAUCAGAGUAUGGUUAUCCUGAACUAUGGAAUGCAGAUGCUAAACAUGUACCUCUCCCCAAUCACAAAUUCUGGAAUACCUAUUCCUUGUGGUGUAGCAAUAAAUCGAACCAGUUAGCCAAGCUGUUACCACUUCGAGAGUCAUGGAACGAUUAUUAUACCAAGAAUGUGCUAAGACAAAACGAAGAAUCAAACAAAUACAGCAAACUGACUACCAAUCGAAAACCACAAAAGAACCAACAGCACAUCAAAGUGGAGUCUAACAAAAAAAGAAGUUUUCAUUUCAGCAAUAUGGGCAGCAACACUAGCAUUAGACGCAACGGGGUAGCCAGUGACGGAGUGAAUGGCAACGCACUGAUGAAUUCUCAGCCAAGAUCUCGAACAAAACAAAAUAUGGAUAAUGACGUAGAUCAAUUUUGAAUAGGUGAUAAACAAUGUGCAAUUAAUUUUCUUAUUGUACAUACCUCAUGCGAAUAUAUCAUGAAUGAUGAGUGUUAUGUUUUAAUUAUUAAUUUUAAUAAAAUUAUAAAUAACUAU